UGCCUUUUGCACGAACUAAAACGUCAUGUCUUACUGAAUUUCUGUUCUUGUGUUUUGUUUUCAACAGUAAGAUGAGAAACAGUUUUAUAUCCGACUUGUUACGCUUUGCCAACCCCACACAAAACUUCCCUUCCAGGCUUAAUGAGUUAAGUUCCUUUCCUGGGUUUAACUUGUAUGGUACGAGUAUGACCGACAGCAGUUCAGUAGACAUACCUAAUUUUCCGAAUUUAAUGCCCCAAACUUAUUUGGGUGCUCUUCAGUCAACAAAUGUUAGCGAUAUUUCAUUCGUCGGAACAGAGAUCGAUGAAUACCUGACGAGGGCCUCUCAAAUGUCCUUAAAAGAUGCUCCCAACAAUGUAGACGGUGCAGCUAUGUUUAAUGAUAGUGAUGAUGAGCUGGUUAUACUUGAUAACAUGGAGCCUAUUCCAGGCAAUGAUACAGCCACAUUCACGAAUGAAGAGGCGCUGUCGGAAGCUCAGCAACCGGCCAAAGUUAAAAGAAGAAGGUUGAAUUCUUCGGCAAGUGGCCAGGCCACUGAGGAUAACGUUACACCAGAAGAAACGAAUCCAAGUUUUAGCGAUAAAUUGAGAUGGUUGAAAAAUUUGAUCCCUGAUAAUUCUUCCAAAGGUUUAGAUACAGUUUCUGUACUUGAAGACGCAGCGAAGUACGUUAGAAGUCUUCAAAGGAAACGCGAGUUUUUGAAGCAGCGAGUGGAUCCACAAACAUUCAUGGAUAGUGAAGAAUUACGCUUAAAAGCGCAAUACGGUAAAAUUCAAGCCUUUAAACCAGUUUAUCCAAAAUGCAAAAGUAAGUAUCCCUUCAUAUUUCCGGCUCCACCACACCAAAUAUCGAGGAGCGGUCAACCUGAAAGACAGGGAUUUUUCAGUCAGUUUACCCAGGGAACUUCAAUGCGUUUGCCCCCUCUGCCUGAUCAAAUGCCAUUGCCUGAACCUGUACCUGAUCUUCAUGAACAAGUUCAAACUCUUCCACCAUGGGAUGAUGAAUUACAAAAGCUUGUCAAUCAGUGUCUCCGUUGAGGAUGAUCAGUUGCUGCUUGAUCUCCAACGUUUGAGAGACGUCCGGGGAAUGAAUCAUAUCGGUCCAAAUUUGCUUCAACUAGUGCGUGUUA